CCUUCGCUCGAAGCACCAUAUACGAUAAUAAUACGUGGUGUGUCCAGUGACAUAUCAAUUUACAUUAUUCUAAAGUAUACGAGGUACUUUGAGUCCUAUUGAACGACAAUAAAUCAUACCAUGGGGCCAAGCCGAGGGCGCAAUACGGCGCCCACGGCCCGGGCUAACCCUUUGGAAAUGGUAGAAACGCCAAGCCAGACUUUGCACCAUAAGUCUAAGCCUUACCGCCGCUCAGCCACACAGCCUGAGCCUGCCCCAUCUUCUUCUGCCAAGAAGCGCAGCCUUUCGCCUAAUAAUGCCUCCAAGCCCAAGAAAAAUGCUCCAGCCAAGGUGCAACAGCUGGCAGCUUCCAAGGUCGACCUUGCCCAAGAAGAUGCCUCUUCAAUUAUUAGUGGGGUGCUGUCUGACUCGUGUGAAAGCCUUCCUAAUUCUCCUGCCUCCCACUCAAACUCUCACCAAGCCCUACAGCCCCUACUCAACGAAGCAUCCAAAGAUAGCAUGAGCACCACCAAUGAACCACUCAAAAAGACUACAGAAGCCUCAAGCGCAAGGAUAGACCUCAACUCAGCGGAAAAUGCACACAACCUGCCCCAAAGCACCCGCCAAGUUAUUCUCACCAGCUCAGACGCCCAGACUAAACUAUCUCGUUUGAACCCAUUCAGAAUAGCCAAAGCUAUGGACGCACUGUGUGGGCCAGUCCAAAGUGUAGAACAUCAGCGCUCAGGUGCCCUGCUAAUAACCACCAAGACAUUAGAACAGGUACACAUUUUGCUGGAUGCCAAAAUCCUGAAGAUUGGUGAAGAAUCACACCCAGUGACCGGAACAAUUGCUUGGUCAACCCAGUUCUCCUAUGGAAAAAUAUUUGCACCAGAACUUCAAGAUGAAUCCUUAGACUUUCUACUGACCAUUCUCAAAGAAGAUAAAGUAGUUGGGAUCCGCAAGCUUCUAAGCGACCCCAAAAAAUCCUCCGUCCCUUUAUAUGUCCUUACCUUCCUCAGCCCCUCACCUCCAAAUGAAAUACGAGUUGGCUACUGCCCAUACACAGUAGACAAGUACUACCCAAGCCCACUUCGUUGUGGGCAGUGCCUCCGCUACGGCCACUCCAAACUUAGGUGCUCACGACAGAGCCCCAUCUGUGCCCACUGCAGCCAAAGUGGUCACUCUCAAGAAGCCUGUCCAAACUCCCAUCUUGCUCCCAAAUGCAUAAACUGUAAAGGGCCACAUCCUGCAACCUCACGCCAGUGCCCAUAUUACGAGUCCGAGCUCCGAGCGUGCCAACUCACAACCGAUGAGGGACUCAGCUUCCCUGAGGCAAGAGCUAAAGCAAGAACAGAGUCCAACAAUACUGGCAGCCUCGCUGACACUACGGAAGCUCGCCCAGACUUACAUGGCCGGAAGCCCAACAGCACACUCUACCGGACCAGCACACCAACAAGUUAUAAGAAGCAACCACAACCAGCGCCUCUCAUACACUCGGAGCAAGCGUUUCCAAGCCUCUCCCAACUAAUGAUGAACAAUCGUGCCUCCUCUCCGCCUCCUCCAACUACCGCUGCUUGGCCAACUAUAGCUUCUCAACCUCACGCAAGUAGCACUCAAACCUCUACCUGGCUCACACAAGGACAACGCACACAACACACCCCCCUGUAUGCAGCCACAUCACUUUCUAACCUACCCAAUCUCCCAGAUUCCCAACCAGAAACACUACCUGCACAGUGUACUCCUCUUUCACCUACCUCACAAACACAGCCUACAACUCUGCCCACCCCUACCUCAUCCACUCAUACAACACCAAUUGCCUUAGACUUCACACAGCUUCUCAUCAAACUAUUGCCACUAAUGAUUCGCCUCCUCCUAGCCACACAACUCACAGACAAGAUAGAAUGCAUCACUGAGCUUGGCCGAAUCCUACAAGCUGACUCACUAGUCUCAGAGUCACUAAAACUGAUAGGGCACUCAUCCAUCGCACACACAUGCUAAACUUCACA